AUAUGAUUUAGUUAUUAGUUUUAAUCUUCAGUGGGAGUAAAUAAUCUCAAUAGAAUUGCAAGGAAUCCCCCUACGUCAUCAGAACGGAAACACUUCAAGUCUAUUGCGCGCAGGCCCGGAAGCAUUACUAAACAACAAAUCAACAUGAGUUUUGGAUACCCAAAUUUACGACCUCAUGAUGAGGGCAAUCAUGUCAUCAACUUGCCCAAAAAUUCUUAUGGUAUUCCAGACACAAUGACAACAGGAUUUCGACAUGCAAAAGACGGAAUACACCAAUCACAUCCAUUAGAAUAUUCAGAGAAACAUUGGACGAGUAAUAAAGAGGCCAUGGAUUUAGCUAUGUUAAGAAACAUGCAAGGAAUGCACAUGCCAUUAAGACUCAAAAUGGAACAAACUAUAGCUUCAAAGAUGCAGAGGUUACCAUGUUUAGCAAGUUCUAAUAUAAUGCUUGAUACACUAACAGGAAGGAAUACAACAGUAGAUUUUGAAGAUGUUUUUAAUGUUUGUGAUGAAGCUGAAGUUUUGGGCCAUCCUCAUGUUUUAACGUCACUAAAAUAUUAAAACAUUAGCCAUUAUUGUAGAUAAACUGUCAUAUUAUUAUUACUAUCAAAACAUCUUCAAAUAUAGAAUAAAUUGUCAUUAAAUUGUC